CAAACCUGAUUCCGGUAGAGGGCAACCGUCCAACUAAGGACUGAGGGGGAAAAACAGGGACGAAGAACUGUCAGUUUUCCGAAAAAAAAGACAGCAUUUCAAUCAGGUUUGGUCAAUAGGUUGUGAGUGUGAUGGCGUCGGGCAGUACGAGCAGUGAGGAGGAGAGGAGUCUGAGGGAGUGUGAGCUGUAUGUGCAGAAACAUAACAUCCAACAGCUGUUGAAGGACUGCAUCGUACAGCUAUGUACCUCCCGGCCAGACAGACCCAUGGCCUUCCUCAGAGAGUACUUUGAGAGGCUGGAGAAGGAGGAGGCUAAGCAGAUCCUACAGCAGCAGAAGUCCAACUCUCGCUCCGACUCCCGUGAGGAAGAGGUGUCUCCUCCCAUGAAUCCCGUGGUGAAGGGGCGGCGGCGGCGCGGUGCCAUCAGCGCCGAGGUCUACACAGAGGAAGACGCCGCCUCCUACGUCAGAAAGGUCAGGGGGGGUCAGCCCUCAGCCAAUCACGCAUCGCUACAGGUUAUCCCGAAAGACUACAAAACGAUGGCUGCCCUGGCGAAAGCCAUUGAGAAGAACGUGCUGUUUGCUCACCUGGACGACAACGAGAGAAGCGACAUCUUCGACGCCAUGUUUUCUGUGACCUACAUCACCGGGGAGACGGUCAUUCAGCAAGGUGACGAGGGAGACAACUUCUACGUCAUUGACCAGGGAGAGAUGGAUGUAUAUGUGAACAAUGAGUGGGUGACCAAUAUUGGGGAGGGGGGCAGCUUUGGCGAGCUCGCCCUGAUCUAUGGGACCCCCAGGGCCGCCACGGUCCGAGCCAAGAGCAACGUCAAACUGUGGGGCAUCGACAGGGACAGUUACAGGAGGAUACUCAUGGGAAGCACUUUGAGAAAGCGUAAGAUGUAUGAGGAAUUCCUCAGCAAGGUGUCCAUUUUAGAGUCUCUGGACAAGUGGGAGAGGCUGACGGUAGCUGAUUCUCUGGAGAACGUUCAGUUUGAAGACGGACAGAAGAUCGUGGUUCAGGGUGAACCUGGAGAUGAGUUCUUCAUUAUCCUGGAGGGUUCAGCGGCUGUGCUCCAGAGACGGUCAGAGAAUGAAGAGUUUGUGGAGGUGGGCAGACUGGGGCCCUCCGACUAUUUUGGUGAGAUCGCCCUGUUGAUGAACCGCCCCCGUGCUGCCACCGUGGUCUCCCGCGGCCCUCUGAAGUGUGUGAAGCUGGACCGCCCGCGGUUCGAACGCGUCCUGGGGCCCUGCUCAGACAUCCUGAAGAGGAACAUUCAGCAGUACAACAGCUUUGUCUCUCUCUCCGUCUGAGUCCCUCCGUCCCUCUUCUUCUAUCGCUCCAUCCCGCCCUCCUUUCCCCCCCCUGGCUCCUCCCUCCUUUGUCCCCCCCCUGGCUCCUUCCUUAACAACGGGUUCCAACAAUGAUCUGUUUUUGUUUUCUUCAUGUUUCUAACCCUCCACCCGGGGCUCCAGAUCACUUGGCUGGGUCAUUGUUGUUGAACUGGUGUUAUUGUAUGUUGCUGUGAACCCAGGUUCAUUUGAUUUGACACGUAUGUGAUGAACUCUGUUGGGGGGGCACAAUAUUUCCCUAGUAUUUUAAUGUCAACUAUGAAGGCAGGAUGAGUUGUCUCUGUAGGGUUCAGAUGGCAACAGGUCAGGGAGGGGUCAAACGUGACCCGAGAGGGUCUGUUCAGACCCAGGGUUCCAAUAGAAUUACCAUGUGGUUCCGCUGGGGUUCCAUUACUGUUAACCCAGUGUUUUCUCUGGCACCGGGUCAAAACGAAGACCUUGUAAUGUCUGGACUAGAGACACCAUGAGUCUGUCCUGGUUAGGAUCCAGAAGAUCUUGUAAUGUCUGGACUAGAGACACCAUGAGUCUGUCCUGGUUAGGAUCCAGAAGACCUUGUAAUGUCUGGACUAGAGACACCAUGAGUCUGUCCUGGUUAGGAUCCAGAAGACCUUGUAAUGUCUGGACUAGAGACACCAUGAGUCUGUCCUGGUUAGGAUCCAGAAGACCUUGUAAUGUCUGGACUAGAGACACCAUGAGUCUGUCCUGGUUAGGAUCCAGAAGACCUUGUAAUGUCUGGACUAGAGACACCAUGAGUCUGGGGGAAGACACAAUCUUUAGAGAAAUGGUGUUUUGAAUAGAUCUCCACCAAAGGCUGAUCUGAGUUCUUAUACUUUUUAUAGUUGUUUUCUGGAAUGUUCUUUGAGGGUACUAAGAAGCUGUGGUUUUACACCAUGAUGUUGAGGGAGGGUGUCCCAGGUCCAGGGGUGUGGCUGCUCUCUCCCUAUUGGCUGUGGUUUUUAUACCAUGAGGUUGAGGGAGGGUGUCCCAGGUCCAGGGGUGUGGCUGCUCUCUCCCUAUUGGCUGUGGUUUUUAUACCAUGAGGUUGAGGGAGGGUGUCCCAGGUCCAGGGGUGUGGCUGCUCUCUCCCUAUUGGCUGUGGUUUUUAUACCAUGAGGUUGAGGGAGGGUGUCCCAGGUCCAGGGGUGUGGCUGCUCUCUCCCUAUUGGCUGUGGUUUUUAUACCAUGAGGUUGAGGGAGGGUGUCCCAGGUCCAGGGGUGUGGCUGCUCUCUCCCUAUUGGCUGUGGUUUUACACCAUGAGGUUGAUGUUGAGGGAGGGUGUCCCAGGUCCAGGGGUGUGGCUGCUCUCACUAAUGGAAGUUAUUCGAUCUCUCUCUCUCCCCCCCUGCUCUUUCUCUCUCUUUCCCCUCUU